AGUCUAAAGAGACGCGUUGCGGAUGUAAUUUGUAGUGCGAACAAAGCACUUAGUGACAAUCUGUCAGUGCAUCAUUGUUUACGGUCUGUGUUGAAGCAGAGUGGGAAUAAUUGACCCCUGACCCGGCGCAGGCCCCAGAAUGUGGAAACACCAGGAAGUUGCAGAUUGUUUCAGCACAUAACGAGGUACAGCUGCCAAGUCACGCGAUAUCGAGAAAAGAUUACACUCGUGUACUGGGAGACGAAGGCGCCCUUGAUUGACAAUUAACUAUAAGAGGUCGUAGGAAGAUUCUCUGAGGCAAAUGUUGACACAUCCGAAAAAGCUCCAGUUGUGACGCCUCGUGCAUUGUUCCGUGCUCGUCGUCUUAGUUACAAUUGAUUGGCGUACAUGUACAUAUCCGGCACGCUCCAGAAUCUCUCAGCCUCCCAGUAUCUGCGAGUGGAGGCUAACGCUGCAUGCUACUCUUCAAGUUACAAGAUAUGUAUAAUAAAAAUACAGUGACAAAAUAACAAUUUGACGAAAUAAUAUAGACCAAGUAUUAAAGAAAUGGCGUUACCAUUGUGCACCAGAUUUAGACUAAGGACUGACUGUCUUCGAGAGAUAACAAUAUUGACAAUAUUAUGGUGGAGUUUAAGUUCAAUAUCAGUCGCAUCAGCUUCACUUAACUUACCGACCAAGAACGUAGAUUUAGCGCCGUCCCAGAAUGAGAGCGUGGCUGAAGUACUCUUUCAUUGGGAAGACUAUAGCGUGCUGGCCGCUAUGCUGAUAAUUUCCUGUCUGAUUGGUGUAUUUUACGGAUAUUUUGGUGAAAAGCAAACAACAGGAGAUGAUUUCUUGCUUGGUGGUUCGUCGAUGGGCACAUUUCCUAUGGCAUUAAGUCUUGCAGCAAGUUUCAUCACAGCCAUCGAGUUGUUAGGCAACCCAGCAGAAAUGUACAUGGCAGGUGCCCAGUUCUGGAUGAUUUGUGUCGCCUUUGUACUGGUCGUGCCUAUUGCGAGUCAUCUCUACCUGCCGGUGUUCAUGAGGCUGCGGUUGACGUCAUGUUAUGAAUAUUUGGAAGUGAGAUUCUGCAAGUCCAUCCGUGUGUAUGCAAGUGCGUUAUAUCUAAUGCAGAUGAUUCUGUACACGGCCGUCGCGGUAUACGCGCCGGCUCUAGCCCUCUCCGAUGUUACUGGAUUGAAUACCUACUUGGCUGUGUCUCUGGUGUACGUGGUAUGCAUAUUCUACGCAACACAGGGUGGCAUGAAAGCAGUAAUCAUGACGGACUCUUUUCAAUCGGCUGUUCUAAUCGGCUCUUUGGCAGCAGUACUAGCAAUGUCUUCGACACAAGUUGGUGGAUUCGACAUAGUUUGGGAUCACGCCUGGCGGACAGAUAGGCUACAUUUUUUUGACAUGGAUCCCGACCCUACUGUCCGUCAUUCAUUUUGGUCGGUGGUCAUAGGCGGAACCAUGUACUGGGUCAGCAUGUUCUGCGCAAACCAGGCUUCAGUACAGAAGUACUUGUCGGUGGAACGUGUAGCACAGGUUCGAGUGGCUCUCUGGGUGUCAGCCAUCGGCCUGAUCGCCGUCUACUCAGUAAAUUUCAUCACCGGUGCCGUCCUUGCUGUUCAUUACGCUGACUGUGAUCCGAUUCAGGCUGGAGUUAUCAACGCAUCUGACCGUCUUCUGCCACUUUACGUCGUGAAGCAGCUAGGAGGCUCGCGUGGAAUACCAGGCUUCUUUGUCGCAGGAAUCUUCGCAGCUAGUCUCGGAACUGUAGCAUCGGCACUGAACUCGCUAGCUGCUAUAUUAUGUCAAGAUCUUGCUACCGGACUUCUUGGAAUAACGCUGCCAGAACACAGAGGAGCAGCAAUAGCUCGCUGGGUGUGCCUGGCUUGCGGUCUGGUGUCUUUUGGACUGGUGUUUGCAGUGGAACGACUCGGACCAGUACUGCAACUAGCACUCUCCUUCAAUGGGAUGGCAGGUGGUGUCGCCCUAGGACUGUUCACACUUGGCAUGUUCUUUCCGUGGGCUAAUGCUAAGGGCGCCGUAGCAGGCGGCGUGUUUGGUCUAGUGGUGGUGGUAGCGGCGGGCGGAGGUGCUCAGCUGGCUCAGCUUCCGAUGCCGCGACUACCUGCCUCUACAAGUGGCUGUGUAGCGCCCUACAACAUGACUACGCACAUGACUGUGAACCCAGAUGAAAAUCACGAUGACGCAGUUUUUUGGCUGUUCCGAGUGUCAUAUCUCUGGUACUCUGGAUUAGGAUGUGCGGCUACGCUAGUGGCUGGGUUGAUCGUGUCGGUUCUGACCGGUGUCACAGACCCAGCGCAAGUACCCAUAGAUCUGAUAUCACCACCGAUCGUCACACUACUGAAUUCGCUGCCUAAAAGAUUUAAGCGAGUUUUAAGAGUACCAACUCGGCUUGGAUCGGAACGUCGGCGUAGUUCGAGUGUCCGUCCACCUGGAGUAGCUGACGACAAAGAUACCCGACGUCGACGCCGCCUGUCGGAAAUGGCUGGAGGAGUGUUCUACAGCGACACUCCCACACUCACAAGGGGCUACGACAACUUCGCUCUUGGUCUCGACCCAGAAAAGCCCCCACCAGAUGAGCGUACCAAGUCCAACAGUAUUAAAUUUGAUCCUUCUUCAGAUAAUCAUCUGCCUGAAACAUCGACUUGUUGAACUUUUGCAAGUAGUAGUAGGUGUAUAGGCUUUAGGUACUAGAGAAUGACUUAUAGAUAUAAUCAGCUACACGAAAUGGACUCCAUCCUCGUAAUGAAGUUUUCUAACAGGUCCGUAGGUAGGUAAAUAAAUUAUUGUUUAAAUAUCUACUUAAUUAGUUAUUUGAAAAAGCUGAAAAUUAACAAUAUUUUCAAGUUGCAAGUAGGUUCAGGUAAGAAUAAAGUAACUGAAUAAUUCAACAUGUAAAAGUAGGUUACCUUUAGAUAACUGUAUUGUUAAUGAUUGCUAAAGUUAGCUUUAAAUAUGAUUUUAAGCAAUAUUUUCUUCUUAUGUUAGACACGUCCAAUCUGUACUUGUAAGUAGCCAAGUAGGUAGGUAGGUAAGCUACUGAGUAACAAACUAAUCAGUGAACCAUAUCCAUCCAAUCCUGUCCUUAUUCAGAUUAUUAUCUACUAGCGACCCGCCCCGGAUUCGCACGGUUGCAAUAUGCAUGUAUUAUACAUAUAAACCUUCCUUAAG